AUGCCUUGCCGCAUCCCUUCUCACACCCAUGACUGGCCGCGAUCAGGCACCUUAUCCAUCUCCAAAUGUGAAUCUAAGUGUGGUUUCUGCACGUCGACCAAGGACUACAAACCGGCUUCGGCUUUGAGAAAGCAUGUCUUGACCCACAUCAAGAACGAUAAAAUGUCAUUGACCUUGGAAAAAAGCAUCGGAGGGAGGCCAAGGCUUCAGACAACGCCUCUUGAUUCUAUAAUUCGCGAUCAGCCUGAGCCACCGCCAUCUGGCUCUGAACUUCCGGUGGCUGCCAACCCGGUACUUGGGAAUUCAGACGCUGGAGGAGAAGCCAUCAAAACCCAAAAUGAUGUUCUUCUCUCUUUGGAGGAGCUUCUCAUUCUAGAGAAAAACCUCAAAUACCUUUGCCGGCUGGAUUUGGUCCCGGCCGCCGUGGAGGUUGCUAGAGCGGCGUUUUUCUUUAGUAAAAUUUGUGGACUGAAGGAAAAAAUGGCCCAAGAAGGUCUUGACUGCCUGAGGAUAUGUCUGAUGGAGUGCUGUGAGGACGACAAGCGGCAUACCGCAUUGGCUUGCAAUCAUGACAGCCACUGGGAUCCUGCCCCGUCCCAUAGCCAUGAACGAUAUCAUGUCUUUCGUAAGGCCUUGGAAGAUACUGCAGGGAGGAUGGCUCAGCCAUUGAAGCCGGCGACGCUCCUGGACGUUUUCUAUGCGACGACGAUCUUAUCCAUUAUCAGACGUGUUCUAUACAUCUCACGAAGCACUCGAGGAAAAUUUGGGACCACAGCAACAAGUAGAUAUUAUUAUACGACAACAUUCGCCCUCACUUAUCAACCAAUCAUCAAUGCUCUUGGGAAAUCGGACAAGACCUAUCGCGAACUCUGUGAUGAUGUUUAUCGGCUAGGAUUGUCUCUAGAUUUGGAAGAUCCAUAUUCGGAUUUCAUCUACGCUGCAGGUCAAUUGCUCAUAUAUAAUAUUUACUCAAUUGCGCAAGAGCUUGAUACGUUCCUCUACCGAGUCGAGCCCUUGUAA